GUAGGCCAACGGCGCUCGACGCCUGUGCGUCUCUUUUUCCGCUCGCGCGUGUCCGACCUACGUUAAGUCGACGGACGAACCAUCGUUCAUCGUCAAGUGAUCGAUCGAGGUGAAAAUCGAGAGAAAAAAAAAGAAAGAACGGAGAAUCCCCUCGGUGCGCGAGAACUUGGGGUGCAUGGAUAAACUUUCUCCUCCGAGGACGUUGCCUUGAUUUACCUUGAACUCGAUAGCGUAAAAAAUAAAAAAAAAGGAGAAAUGAUUUAUAAUUGACAAGAUGUGGCAUGCUUUAUUCACGAGGCUCUUACACGAGUGCAGCUACAAUCAAAUUGAUGGUGUUAAUUUAAACUGUCGUCUGUGAGGUUUUAUUUUGAAGAUUGUAGUGAAGAUUAUAUUUUUCCUCUCGAUUGAUUUUCAUCGAUCUUACUCCUCAAUAAGCGAAAUCGAUCUGCGCUCACUAGUAACUUUAUAUUUGGCGACGUGCCGUGUGUAGCGUAAUGAUUUUCCAUUACGGCGCUCCGAUGCAGCGUGCCAGACGGCGUUGUGAGAGAUCUAACGAGCACUAAUUACGGUAAUGUAAUUACGCGCGACGCAGCACGCGCUGUCUCCCUCGAUCUCUUUCAAACGACGCUCAUGCUCGAAGAUCGAUCGUAUGACAUUGGUUUUUGCAAGAGCAAUUUGCCUUACAACGGAGCUCAUUACAUUUAGAUCCCUUGUCUUAUAUAAUUAUGUUGAUCGAAAUAUAUUUCUCUUGAACUUCGCGCAAAGCGAUCCUGGAAUGGACAAUGUACGAAAUACAUGAAGAAAUACAUAGAAAUUUGCAAAAGCGAGUUUUUGUUGAAGGACACGAUUCUCAAGUGUGAAAUUUUUUGACUUCCGAUUUCAAAGAAAUCCUCGAGGUUCUAACGCGAGAAAUUUCAUUUCCGCUGAAUGCUCGUCUGCUAAUUGUAAAGAGUGAAGGCCAUCAUUUUAUGAUUUACGUUUGAAAAAGCACCUGUGUUUCUUUCUGGAUGUACAGCUCCACGUGGCACAAAUGCCAACGGGAAUUUGCAUUUGAAUAUACAUUUUAUUUUGGACGCGUCAGCAAGUGUAACGGGGAAGGUUCCGGAUAUUUAAUGGAUAUAUUUAAAAAAAUCCGGAGACGCAAAUUAUUCGUUUCGCAAUAACCGAUCGUGGAUAAUAAGGAUAUAUUCGAUCCUUCUCAAUUACGUCAUUCCCUUAGUUACGAGUCUUAGCUCAUUUCUUGAUCGAAAUAUUAACGGUGAAAUUUAUGUGAGAUAACAUAUAUUAUACGUUGAAAACAUAUAUUAUACGCCAAAAGUAAUACUUGUUAAUUACUUUUACGAUCCUUGUCUCAGGCCCGUGAAUUAGUCUGUACAUAAUUCAUUCAAAAAGACAACUGAGUUACACAGUAAUAGAAAUGACAUUGAAAGGAAAAUUGCUUUCCUCCCAACUAAUUAUACGGAAGAUCGCUCAAACAUUCGACCGACACGGAACGUCAUGUUGAGACGUUAAUUAAUAGCCAACUGGCACACGCCGUCGAGCCCUGACGUUCGAAGCUUGAAAGAGGGAUCAAGGAAAAGCGCCUGCAUAGGAAUUUCCUGAAAGCUCGUCAUAAAUAAUAAUUGUCACGGACAUCGCGGAUGAUUUGACACGAUCUCGCACUUCGAAUCUACGUGUACCUCUGCACGGACGGAUUUUCCGCGAAACAGCGCGCGGAUAUAUUUUGGCAAACUGCGAUAUCGCCUGUCCACCUGUCCGUUUCCGAGGAAAGCAGAGAUAAAACAUGAGAGAUCCCGAUGAGCCGGCGAUUUUUCUGGCCGAAGGAAGGAAGUCGACGCGUUUCGUUUCGUGGUAAAACGUCGCGCCCGUAGCGCGACGAUGACGUGCGACGCCUAGUUAUUUCGGAUGUAUAUCAGCGAGGAGAAUAGUGGGGACGACGGCGGCUGCCGUCUGAUCUCCGUACGUCAGUGCGUCGACGUCGACGAAGCGCGCGAGACGUCGCCGCGGUCCGAAAAGCGAAGGAACGACGACGACGACGUGGAGCGUCGCGAGAGCGACGACGGCGCGACGACGCUGGAGGUCGACGAGAAUAUCGUGCCAUCGGGCGUCCGAAGCAAGGUCGAUGAUUCCGAAUCGCCGGAGAAGCCGCGAGAGUUUCGCAAGAAUCAGUCCUGGAAGGGCCCGUCGCGAAUCGUUCACGAUGUGCACGCGUUCAAGGGAUCUCGAAGAAGCGCGAGUUUCAUCUUGAGUCGAGAGACUGACGCGCCCCGCGAGGCCUCGGGCGAGAUUGUCGAUCGCGGAAACACCGUGGAGGAGGAUGGACACACGACGGUGGUGAAUCCGCAGUAUUGCGACACGUUGACGCGCUCUAUCCAGGCGUCCUCCAGGCUCGAGGCAACACGAAGACGCGUUCUGCGGAGGAGUGUCUCCGCGCCCGGAACCGACGAGCAGACGAUCGUCCCCGCGGACGAUUCCUCGACGAACCAAAGUGACGAUACGACGACUGAUACCAAAGAGCACUCUCGCCUCGGGAAUCCGUCCUUAGAGCGAAGCGUGUCCCCUCCAUCGAACUGCGACGUCACCGACGGUUGCGUUCAAGCGACCAGAUAUCGUUCGAAGAUCGAAUCACGGUCCGGCAGACUGCAGGAAUUCGCGACGAAAACGGAGCAGUUGAUCGCUAGGCGGGUCGUCGCGCCGCAGGUCCACCUCGCACGACGCGCGAGAGCUUCGUCCUUCGUGAUAGAACGAAAGAGACAUCGACCUCGUUCGAGAGCAUCCUCAAGGUCCACCGAGGAUCUGUCGCAGUGCGCGAUAACGAGCGACGUGAGUGCCGAUGGAAUGCGGAGCUGCGGCAGCACCGUGGCGGGCGUUCAGGAGGACAAAAGUUGCGUUCUGCUUGGGGUGCGAUUUCUCGAGGACACGCCACAAAUCAGCCUGGUGCCCCGGCAGGACGGCAAGUGCACCAGGAGAGACCGCGAGCGAGCGAGGCUUCUGAGACGCAGGAGAAUCAAUGGCAGAUCGGCCUCGGUGCCUAGAUUAAACGUGAGUGAAUUUUUUGUUGUUGAGAUUUUCGAGUCUAUGAGAAGCUGAUAAUUUCGGUAAUGAGUUGUCUACGAUGAAAAUGUUUCUUUUAUUCGUAAAGGCUAUGAAUUCUGCUUGUAAUUGACGCGAACAAGUAGCUAAGAAGCAUAAUCAUGAAACACACUGUACAAAAUAAUACUAUGCUGCACAAUAUGUAAACAUAUCUUACAAUUAUCAUUUCUUUUAUCUGCGAAAAACAACUAUGAUACGCAAUAAAUAAACAUAUC